AUGUCUUUCAGAAACAUCUCGAGACUGUUCAAUACCAAGAGUUUGACUACACAGACCCUUCGUUCAUACUCGUCUUCAAGAGGCGAGAUUGGACCACUCAACACAGACUUUUUGGCAAAGACACCAGAGACAAAGGUGACCACCUUGCCAAAUGGCAUCCGUGUCGCCACCGAGCAAUCGUUCGGCGAGACCGCCAGCAUUGGUGUCUGGGUCGACUCGGGCAGUGUAUACGAAAACGAUCAGAACAACGGUGUUGCUCACUUUUUGGAGCACAUGAUCUUCAAGGGCACUGAGAAGCGUACCUCGCCCACUCACAUCGAGACCGAGAUUGAGAACAUGGGUGGCUCACUCAACGCCUUCACCUCUCGCGAGCACUCUGCCUACUAUAUGAAGGUGCUCAAGGAGAACAUCCCCAACGCCGUCGACAUCCUCUCUGACAUUCUCCAGAACUCCAAGUUUGACCAGAAGUUGAUUGACACUGAGCGUCACGUGAUUCUCAGCGAGAUGCAGUACGUUCAAUCAAAGCAGGACGAGGUCAUCUUUGACCAGCUGCACGCCGCCGCCUUCCAAGGUUCGGCUCUCGGCCGCACCAUCCUCGGCCCAGUCGAGAACAUCAACAAGAUCUCCCGCGAUGACAUUAAGAACUUCAUGGCUCAGAACUACACUGGCCAGCGUUUGGUCAUUGCCGCCGCCGGUGCCGUCAACCACGACAAGCUGGUCGCCGCCGUCAAGGAGAAGUUCGGCUCGAUCCAGGCCGGUCAGCCCUCGCCCCGCCCCCAAAUCACUAACGACUUUGUCGGAUCCGAGAUCCGUGUCCGUGACGACUCACUUCCAAACAUCCACUUCUCCGUGGCUGUCCGCGGUCUCUCAUGGGACGACCCCGACUACUACACACUGGAGCUGAUCCAGACGAUGAUUGGCAACUGGAACAACACAAUUUCUGGCGGCAAGAACCUGAUCUCCAAUCUGGCAGAGGUCGUCGCCACCGAGGGUCUGGCCGAGUCAUACUCCACCUUCCUCACCUGCUACCAGGACACUGGUCUCUUUGGAAACUAUGGUAUCUCCACACCAGACAAGGUCGACGAUCUCGUCGCCGAGAUGCUCAAGGAGUGGCAGCGUAUUGCCAACAGCGCCACCGAGACCGAGGUCGAGCGCAACAAGCAGAAGCUGCUCGCCUCCACCCUCAUGCAAUACGACGGCACCUCAAAGAUCUGCGAGAGAAUCGGUCUCCAGAUGUUGACUCUUGGCCGCCGCCUCACCCCACAGGAGAUCUGUCUCCGCAUCCAGGAGAUCUCUGCCAAGGACGUCCGUCGCGUUGCCGCCCAGCUGCUCACCGACGUCUCGCCAGCCAUCACCUGUGUUGGACCAACCGACAAUUUCCCCGAGUAUAACUUUGUUCGUGGAUGGACCUACUGGAACCGACUUUAA